CUUCAUCUUCUUCUUCUUCCUCUGCUUCUACUAUACUCUCUGAUCAUCAAACUUUGUUUCAUUCUUUCUCUGCGUGCAAGCUACCUAGCCUGAACCUCGAAAACCUCCUCUCAUAUCCAUUAUCAUCUUCCGUACGGCAGAACCCAUCAUUUUUGUUAAUUCUUACCUAAGUCUCUCUCUCUCUGUGUCAGUCACCUGUGGUUUGCUUUGCUUUAUAUAUUUCCUCCUCGCUUUGCAUGUGACUACUGCUUUUACUUUUCUUAAAAACCCAGAACUCGAUCUCUUCUUUACUCUUCCAUCUUUCACUUCCUGCUUGGUACACAAACUAAGCUUACCAUUCUCUCUUUCAAUUCUGCGGGAGUGUUUGACUCAGUGCAUGAGCUUAUGGAUCCUUCAAAUGGACAACAACACCAGGAAAUGCAAGCUCACAAUUCACUAGACAUGUUGGUCUGCUCAAAAUCCCAGCAGCAAUCAGACCCGAGAAAACCAAGGCCACAGCCAGAUCAAGCCCUCAAGUGCCCCAGAUGUGACUCCACCAACACCAAGUUCUGCUACUACAACAACUACAGCCUCACCCAGCCCAGGUACUUCUGCAAGUCCUGCAGGAGGUACUGGACCAAAGGCGGCACGCUGCGCAACGUUCCGGUUGGCGGUGGCUGCCGCAAGAACAAGAGAUCCUCAUCGAAGCGAUCUUCGCAAGACCCUCAGCAACCACUCACCCCCAACUCCAACCCGCACCUGCCAUCGCUCUCCUACGACUCAAGUGAUCUCAGCCUCGCCUUUGCUAGGCUCCAGAGGUCAUGUGAGCAGCUGGGUUUCGAUAAUCACCUAUCUAUGUUAGGAAACCCAACCACCAAUUCCCAGAGUGACAUUUUGUCGAACAGUUCUUGUGCAUCGCAAUCGCCAGGGUUUCUGGAUGCUCUCCGGACCGGGUUCUUGGAAACUCACAACAGCAACGGCUACCCGAACAAUUUGUACUAUGGGUUUGGAUCAAAUGGGGGGAAUCACAACAUGGUGGGUGAGGUGGAUGGGGUUUGUGGAGAAAUGGGGCUGCACCCAUAUGAGGAAUUGAGCAAUGUAGCAACCACAACAGCUGUGACAGUCACAACAAUGAAGCAAGAGCUGAGCAGGGACAUUGAGACCAACAACAACAAAGUUUUGUGGGGAUUUCCAUGGCAGAUGAACAAUGGCGAUCAUCACAGCUUAAACAUGGGUGGUGGUGGUGGUGGUCAUCUUGAGUAUGAUAAUUCAGGAAGGGAGAGCUGGAAUGGACUUGCAAAUCCAUCUUGGCAUGGACUUCUUCCCCUAGUUUAAAAUCAAGUGGUACUCACCCAGAAUAUUACCAAAACUAAAAGCAUAGUGUACUUUAAAUUUAAUUUGUUCACUUAGUUAUCAUCAUCAGAGACUCAAAAUGUAAUGUUGCAGUCCUCUAAUUAAGUUUUGUAUUAAGAUAUGUAAUGAUAUGAUCACUUCUUCUUAA